AUGUUAUCAUCAUCAGUGUCAGGUCAAGAACGUAUUGAAGAUCAAAACAAGGAUAUUAUGUAUUCAACAGCUUUCCUUAAAUCGGGAAAUCCUUCGACUGCAUCAUCAAGUGCUCCUCCCGUUAACUACUACACCACCAUCCAAGAAGAAAAGGCCAAAUCCGAACAGUCAGUCGUUGAUUCAUCCAGAACUACAUCACAAGAGCCACUAUUUGCUUCAAGCAUGUCAUCGGCUCAUGAUGCACCCAUCACAUUUUCUUUCAAUUCCCCACCUAGCGAAGAACCUAUGUCAACACCGUCAUCUUCAAAGCGAGAAUCACGUCUUUUUUCAGCAUCUACCACACCACAAACACCAUCCAAGAAGAGAGUAUUUACAGAGAAGGAAAUUGAGGACUUGGAUAUGAAAUACAAGCAAGAAUUGGCCGAAAUGAUGCAAGAUGAAGAUCCAAGUCAACAUUUUAAGUCACCAUCAACUCUCUCCAAACAAGAAUCUCAUACUAAUGGUCAAUUAUCGGAAAGUGAUGAGCCCAUUCUUUCUGUCACUCAAGAAUCUCCUGAGGUUUUCAUGAAGAGUUUGAGCGGAAUGGCUCGAAUUUUCUAUGCCCAAAUUCUCAGACAUGAGGAAAAGAUUGAAUCAUUAACAAAAGCGAACAGAAAAUAUCAAGAUGUGAUCAAGAAAAAGAGUGAAAAGAUUAGUCUCCUUCAACAUCAACUCUCCACAAUGGUAAAACAAAUGGAGAAGUAUGAACAGUCAUUGAGGCAACGAGUCACCUCUUCACCACCAUCGCAUUCCAUUGUAUCUCCUCCACCUCCCUCUUCGAAAUCAUCAACAGUUGCAAGCUCUCCUGCCGCCUCAUCGUCCACCGAUGCAACUGCUUCUUUGAGCGAGCCAUUACCUCCAAUUUUGGCUCCAAAACCAAAGAAGAGAAAAACCGAGAGUGACUCAUCUGCGGAAGGAAAGAGCUCAUCCUCUGAAGGAAAGAUUGUAAAAUCACGAUCGAAUGUUGUCUUUAAGGUGAAACCAUCCGAUUGUGUCAACUAUAAUGGGGCAACAUAUAUUCUUGCACGAGCGUUUGAAGAUAAAUACAAGCUUAAGAAAAUGCUGAACUCGUACCAAACACAAACCGGUGAGAAUCCUCAAUUGUUUUUACGAGAUGAAGAAUUUAAAAAGCUUAAAUCAGAGAAUCCUGAUAAUUUGAGCGUUUUUGCAUACAGAACCUCGUUGUAUACCAUGGACUUUGUUAACUUUUACAUUUCUAAUCAGUAG